CGGGAUUAGACAGGAGAAGAACCAAGACACCUCCCAAGUACCCACGCGCUUUAGUCUCGGGUCUCGCGCGCCUCGGGGCCUAGUGAGCGCGCGAGCUUGUGGCUCCGCCCCUUCGCCUGGAGCUACUUCCUCAUGCUGCCUGCGCGCCUAACGUUCAGGCUCUUGAGCCCUUUCCUGCGUGGAUCCGUUCCCACGGCCGCGCUCCAUGGCCUCCCGGAGCCGUUCCUGGGGAGGAGGUGCCCUGCCGCCUCCUCCUUCCGGAGCUCAUCGAGCCUGGGACGCGAGAUUCCUCAUGACCCGGUGAACACGAAGGACUUCGAAGAAAGUGCUGACAUGCAGGAGCAUUUUCUCUUCCCAGAGUACCUCCUCGAGCCGGAGCCGGAACCUACCCCCAAAGAGCAGCUGCGGGAGCUCCAGCAGCAGCAGGAGGAGGAGGAACAACAGAGGCAGCAGCGGCAAGAGGAGCGGCGACAGCAAAACCUACGGGCCAGGUACCGGGAGCCCCGGGUCCUGGGGCACCCGGACCCGGCAGUGCAGCCCAGCGGCGUGAACUGCUCGGGCUGCGGGGCAGAGCUGCACUGCCAGGACCCCGGCAUGCCCGGCUACCUGCCUCACGAGAAGUUUCUCCGCGCGGCGGAGGCAGGCGGCGGGCUGACGCGGACCGUGUGUCAGCGCUGCUGGCUGCUAGUGCACCACCGGCGCGCUCUGCACCUGCAGGUGAGCCGUGGCCAGUACCUGGAGCUGGUGAGCGCGGCUCUGCGGCGGCCGGGGCCCUCCCUAGUGCUCUACAUGGUGGACCUGCUCGACCUGCCCGACGCCCUGCUGCCGGACUUGCCCGCGCUGGUGGGAUCCAAGCAGCUGAUCGUGCUGGGAAACAAAGUGGACCUCCUGCCCCAGGAUACUACUGGCUACAGGAACAGGCUGCGGGAGCGACUCUGGGACGACUGUGCCCGCGCUGGACUGCUGCUGGCCCCUGGCCACCGAGGGCCACAGGACCGGGAGAAUUCGAAUCCGUCAGACUGGUCCCGCACUGUGGUCAGGGACGUGCGGCUGAUCAGCGCCAAGACCGGCUAUGGAGUGGAAGAGUUGAUCUCUGCCCUUCAGAGCUCCUGGCGAUACCGUGGGGACGUCUACUUGGUGGGCGCCACCAACGCUGGCAAAUCCACUCUCUUUAACACACUCCUGGAGUCCGAUUACUGCACCGCCAAGGGCGCCGAGGCCAUCGACAGGGCCACCAUCUCCCCUUGGCCAGGUACUACAUUAAACCUUCUGAAGUUUCCUAUUUGCAACCCAACUCCUUACAGAAUGUUUAAAAGGCAACAAAGACUUAAAAAUGAUUCAACUCAAGCUGAAGACGAUCUUAGUGAGCAAGAACAAAAUCAGCUUAAUUUCCUGAAAAAGCAUGGUUAUGUUGUAGGAAGAGUUGGAAGGACAUUCUUGUAUUCAGAAAAACAGAAGGAUAAAGCUCCCUUGAAGUAUAAAGUUCCGUUUGAGUUUGAUGCUGAUUCACUUGCCUUUGACAUGGAAAAUGAACCUGUAAUGGGUGCACCCAAAUCCACCAAACAAGUACAAUUGACUGCACAAGAUGUAAAAGAUGCCCACUGGCUUUAUGACACCCCUGGAAUUACAAAAGAAAAUUGUAUUUUAAAUCUUCUAACAGACAAAGAAGUAAAUAUUGUUUUGCCAACACAGUCCAUUGUUCCAAGAACCUUUGUGCUUAAACCAGGAAUGGUUCUGUUUUUGGGUGCUAUAGGCCGCAUAGAUUUCUUGCAGGGAAAUCAGUCAGCUUGGUUUACAGUCGUGGCUUCCAACUUCCUCCCUGUGCAUAUCACCUCCUUGGACAGGGCAGAUGCUCUGUAUGAGAAGCAUGCGGGUCAUACGUUACUCCAGGUUCCAAUGGGUGGAAAAGAACGAAUGGCAGGGUUUCCUCCUCUUAUUGCUGAAGACAUUACAUUAAAAGGAGGACUGGGGGAAUCUGAAGCAGUGGCUGACAUCAAGUUUUCCUCUGCAGGUUGGGUUGCAGUAACACCUAACGUUAAGGACAGACUGCAUCUCCGAGCCUAUACACCUGAAGGAACAAUUUUAACCGUCCGGCCUCCUCUCUUGCCAUAUAUCGUUAAUGUCAAAGGAAAGCGCAUCAAGAAAAGUGUGGCCUAUAAAACCAAGAAGCCUCCUUCCCUUGUGUACAACCUGCAGAAGAAGAAAGGACAGAGAGCUGUAUAAGACUGACCUUGUUCACUCCAGAAGUCUUUACUGGCCAGGCGCGAUGGCUCAUGCCUGUAAUCCCAACGCUUCGGGAUGCCAAGGAAGGAGGAUCGCUUGAGCUCAGGAGUUCAAGACCAGACUGGGUAACACAGCAAGACCUAUCUACUAAAAACCAAAAAUAUUAGCCAGGAAUGGUGCUACACACCUGUAGUCUCAGCUACUGGGGGGGCUGAGUCUGGAGGAUCACUUGAGCCCAGGAGAUAGAGGCUGCAGUGAGCUGUGAUUACACUACUGCACUCCAGCCUGGGCAACAGAGCGAGACCCUGUCUAAAAAAAGGAAAAAAGAAAGUCUACACCUUUUGUUAUUCCUAGCUGAGUCAGUAGUACUACAGCUGUGUGUCAUGAAGAACUUGCAAGUCAAGUCCCAGAUCCUAAUGUUGAAAUAAAUGCUGCUGAGAUAAGCUAGGCUGAAAUGCAGUUUAGAGCCAUGAAAUUCCUAAGAGAGAGGGCCCAUGUUCUCUCCUAGCAUUUGGGAGCCCCCCUGUAUUCCACACUCUCCUGCCUUCUCCCACUCCUUACCCCUCUUCUAAAUCCUCUUAGACUAAAUAUAAUGGAGAAUUUUUUUAAGAUGCAACUUGUAAUGUUGUAGACCUUUUAUAGUGUUUCAAAGUGAGUACUAUUGGUAACUUGGGGAAAGUGGUUCUUUAUGUAUAAAACUGCAUUUGAGCCAGGCACGGUGGCUCAUGCCUGUAAUCCCAGCACUUUGGGAGGCCAAGGCAGGCGGAUCACCUGAGGUCAGGAGUUCGAGACCACCCUGGCCAACAUGGUAAAACCCAUCUUUAUUAAAAAUAUAAAAAUCAGCCAGGCAUGGUGGUGGUUGCCUGUAAUCCCAGCUACUCUGGAGACUGGGGCAGGAGAAUCGCUUGAACCUGGGAGGCAGCAGUUGCAGUGUGCCGAGAUAGCACCACUGCACUGCAACCUGGGCAACAGAGCAAGCCUCCAUCCAAAAAAAAAAAAAAAAACCUGCAUUUCAGUAUUUCUGUUAUCUCUCAUCCCAGACACUAAAUGUAGUAGGAAUUCCCUCUGCCGUCAGUCCUGGUGACAACUGGAAAGUGCCCCAACAUUUCCGUAUUACCUCUAGAGGGCGGCAGCUUCCCAAGUGGAGAAAAUUGGCAGUUGAUUUCUAGUUUUUUAUUUUGGAGGGAAUGAAAUACCAUUAAUUUUAUAAGUUAAAAUUGUGGUCAUUAUAUUUCUACCUAUGGUUGAACACAGGAGUAUUUCAAUACAAAAAUUAGCCAGGCAUGGUGGCAGGCACCUAUAGUCCCAGCUACUCAGGAGACUGAGGCAGGAGGAUCACUUGAACCCUGGAGGCGGAGGUUGCAGUAAGCCAAAAUCAUGCCAUUGCACUCCAGCCUGGGCAACAGAGUGAGACUCCAUCUCAAAAAAAAAAAAAAGAAAAGAAGGGCCGGGUGCAGUGGCUCAAGCCUGUAAUCCCAGCACUUUGGGAGGCCGAGGCUGGUGGAUCACGAGGUCAAAAGAUCGAGACCAUCCUGGUCAACAUGGUGAAACCCCGUCUCUACUAAAAAUACAAAAAACUAGCUGGGCAUGGUGGCGCAUGCCUGUAAUCCCAGCUACUCAGGAGUCUGAGGCAGGAGAAUUGCCUGAACCCAGGAGGCGGAGGUUGCUGUGAGCCGAGAUUGCGCCAUUGCACUCCAGCCUGGGUAACAAGAGCGAAAUUUCAUCUCAAAAACAAAGGAAAAGAAAAGAAAAUGUAUUUCAAGCCAGGCUCAGUGGCUCAUGCCUAUAAUCCCAGCACUUUGGGAGGCUGAGGCGGGUGGAUCGCCUGAGGUCAGGAGUUCGAGACCAGCCUGGCCAACAUUGUGAAACCCCAUCUCUACCAAAAAUACAAAAAAUUGGCUGGAUGUGGUGGUGUGCGCCUGUAAUUUCAACUACUAGGGAGAUUGAGGCAGGAGAAUCACUUAUACCUGGGAAGUGGAGAUUGCAGUGAGCCAAGAGUGUGCCAUUGCACUCCAGCCUGGACAACAAGAGCAAAACUCCAUCUCAAAAAAGAAAAAAUUUCAGAAAACAGGGCUCACACCUGUAAUCCCAACACUUUGGGAGGCCAAGGCAGGAGGAUCCCUUGAAGACCAGCCCUGACAACAUAGUUAAGACCUGUGUCUACAAAAAUGUUUUUUAAUUUUAGCUGGGUAUGAUGGCACACACCUGUAGUCUCAGCUAUUCAGGAGGCUGAGGUGAGAAGAUCCCUUGAGCCUGGGAGGUUAAGGCUGCAGUAAGCCAUGAUUCCAACACUGCACUCCAGCCUGGGCAACAGAGCAAGACUCCAUCUCCAAAAAAAAAAAAAAAAGGCAGGAAAGAAAGCCAGCAAAGGGUGAGAAAGAUGCUCUAUGCCUAGAAUUGGUUGAGGACUUCUACUGGGAUCUGGUAUUAAUUUGUUCCAUAGUAUACCUCUAAUCUAAUGCAGCUUAGGAUCGCUACUAGGAUCAAGUGCUUCCUUGUAGAUUUUGCUUUAAGAAAGUUCCAUUACUAUAUUGGUCUCUGAGAUGUAGUCACUUUACACACACAGUUGUGCAUUGCUCAGCAACAGGGAUGUAUUCUAAGAAAUGCAUCGUUAGGCAAUUUCAUCUUUGUGCAAACAUAAAGUGUACUUACACAAACCUAGAUGGUAUAGCCUACUCCACACCUAGGCUGUAUGGUAUAGCCUAUGGCUCCUAGGCUAUAAACCUGUACAACAUGUUGCUGUACUGAAUCCUAUAGGCAAUUGUAACACAAAUCAUUAGGGGAUAGGUAUUUUCCAACUCCAUUAUAAUUUUACCAGACUAUGGUUGUAUAUGUGGCCCCUUGCUGACCAAGAAGUCAUUAUGUGGUACAUGACUGUACUUCUUUAUCCAUUAAUCUGAAUAUAGGGACAUCUCUUGAAUUAGUAGUCACUUACACUGUGACAGGCUGCAGGAAUUAGUGGGCUCUUCUGGCCAGGAACAGAGGAGAUGAUGGCAAAGUACCAGGACAGCCUCCUCACUUCCACAAAUCAGAGGUGGUUAGGGGUGGCUAGAAAACAAUGAAGCAGUGGCCGGGCGCAGUUGCUUACUGCACUUUGGGAGGCUGAGGGGGUUAGAUCACAAAGUCAGGAGAUCGAGACCAUCCUGGCUAACACUGUGAAACCCCAUCUCUACUAAAAAUACAAAAAAUUAGCCAGGUGUGGUGGUGCGUGCCUGUAGUCCCAACUACUUGGGAGGCUGAGGCAUGAGAAUCACUUGAACCUGGGAGGUAGAGGCUUCAAUGAGCAGAGAUCACACCACUGCACUCCAGCCUGGGCCACAGAGCAAGACUCCAUCUCAAAAAAAAAAGAAAAGAAAACAAUGAAGCAAGUUUAUUCUAGAUUGUUUACCUGGCUCUGCAGCCCAGUGUUGAGCAUGUCAUCUCUUUUGUAUUCAUGACUCCCAAAAGAAGUCAAGUAAGUUCCACCAAAGUACUUUUUGACUCUUUUGUGAUGUUAGGUUCAAAGUUUUAUUUUAAAUAGUUACACUGGCUGGGCACGGUGGCUCACGCCUGUAAUCCCAGCACUUUGGGAGGCCAAGGUGGGCGGAUCACAAGGUCAAGAGAUGGAGACCAUCCAGGCCAACAUGGUGAAACCCCAUCUCUACUAAAAAAUACAAAAAUUAGUUGCAUGUGGUAGCACAGCCUGUAGUCCCAGCUACUCGGGAGGCUGAGGCAGGAGAAUUGCUUGAACCCAGGAGGCGGAGGUUGCAGUGAGGCAGGAUCACACCACUACACUCCAGCCUGGCGCCUGGUGACAGGGCGAGACUCCGUCUCAAAAAAAAAAAAAAUUACACCUAAUCUCUCGGCUUUCCCCCCCUUAAUUAAACUAAAAUAACAGCAUCUUCGUCAAGGUUACUAAGACAAACUGAAGUUUUAAUACAUUUUGCAUCUUUCAUCACCAUAAAUGCCAAGCUGUGCCAAUCACUGUCUUUACUGUAUAAUUCCCCUGAGUCUAGUAUAUGUUACUUGUGACACUCACUUCCCAUAACAACCAAGGAGACGUGGAGUAGAGAUGCAAUCUUGUGUACCUGUGUCUCUACCAUUCAGACCCUUCUUGCACAAUGGAGAUAGGCUGGUUUCCUGCAGCUGACUAACAUGGAGGCGCUCCAGCUGUGUCAGCCAUGACACAGUUGUUCUUGCUUCACUGAGUAAGCACCCAGAGCUCAAGCUGAGGCAGGCUGUUGCGUAGACGGGCUCAGAUCAUUUACCCUGGCUUCCCUCCCACUUGGCUCUGUGUCGUGGAGAAUUAGAAUCAUUUCCAUUCUUUCUCAGCUGUUCCAUUUUCUCUUGGCUGCUUUCCUCCUCCCAAGGGGAUUGUUUUCUCUCAACUGUCAAAAGAGUAAUACUUAAACAUUAAAAACAAGACUUCAGACUCAUGUGAAUCAAAUAGAUAACACAUCUGCCUGCGCUGAAUGUCUCUCUGUCAUGUUAUCUGCUCUUGUUAAGACCUUGUAGUGAAAGGGCAAUGGUUCAAGAUUACUAUUUUUUUUUUUGGACCAAGUCUUACUCUGUCACCCAGCAGGCUGGAGUGCAGUGGCAGGAUCUCAGCUCACUGCAACCUCGACCUCCUGGGUUCAAGCGAUUCUUCUGCCUCAGCCUCCCGAGUAGCUGGGACUACAGUGCACACCACCACACCUGGCUAAUUUUUUUAAAAAAAUAUUUUUAGUUGAGACAGGGUUUCAUCAUAGUGGCCAGGCUGGUCUCAAACUCCUGAUCUCAUGAUCCACCCGCCUCAGCCUCCCAAAGUGCUGGAAUUACAGGCAUGAGCCACUGUGCCCGGCCAAGAUUACUAUUUUAACAUCAUAUUGCAAUGAUGCCUCACCUUUUUCCUUCAUGUCAUGGAGUUUCAUGAUCCGAAUACUCCUAAGUAUAUCUGGACUGUCCUCAAAACACCCACUGCUUGGAUUCCCAGGUUCCUGUUUUCAAAACCUGCUUUUUGCCUCUAAAAUAAUUCUCAGAAUUUACCUCCUGUGUAGUUAAUCUAGUGGGAGAAUUUAUUCCGUCUUAACAUUCUUAUUGAUCGGUGCUAUAAUAGGUAUAAUGCUUAAUCACAGACACUGUCAGUACCUCUACCUGGUAGCUGUGGUAAAUCAGAGAAAACCGAGGUCACACACAAAGAAAGCAUAUGCAUUAGAGAACACAUCAUCAUGUGUCAGGUGAUACUGGAAGUGAAAUAUAUGGAUGUGAUAGACUGCCAAGAUUCUUGGCCGGGCACAGUGGCUCAUGACUAUAAUCCCAGUAUUUUGGGAGGCCACAGUGGGUGAAUAAACUGAGGUCAGGAGUUCGAGACCUGCCUGACCAAUUCAGAGAAACCCUGUCUCUACUAAAAAUACAAAAAUUAGCCAGGCAUAGUGGAGGAUGCCUGUAGUCCCAGCUACUCAGGAGGGUGAGGCAGGAGAAUCGCUUGAACCCGGGAGGCAGAGGUUGCAGUGAGCCAAGAUCUCACCAUUGCACUCCAACCUGGGCAACAAGAGUAAAACUUUGUCUAAAUAAAAGACUGCCAAGAUCCUUUCUAAUCUUUCAGUAAGCCCCUAGAAAAGAGUAGGCAUGGCCAGGCUCAUUGGCUCACGGUGAUCCCAGCACUUUGGAAGGCUGAGGCUGGAGGAUCACAAGGUCAAGAGUUUGAGACCAGCCUGGCCAACAUAGUGAAACCCUGUCUCUACUAAAAAUAAAAAAAGGCCAGGCGCAGUGGCUCAUAUCUGUAAUCCCAGAACUUUGGGAGACCGAGGCAGGCAGAUCACCUGAGGUCGGGAGUUCAACCAGCCUGACCAACAUGGAGAAAGCCGGUGUGUACAAAAAAUACAAAAUUAGCUGGGCAUGGUGGUGCAUGCGUCCAACUACUCAGGAGGCUGAGGCAGGAGAGUUGUUUGAACCUGAGAGGUGGAGGUUGUGGUGAGCCGAUAUCACGCCAUUUCACUCCAGCCUGGGCAACAAGAGUGAAACUCUGUCUCAAAAAAAUAAAGUAAAAUAAAAAUACAAUACAAAAAACAUUAGCCAGGAGUGGUGGUGGGUGCCUGUAAUCCUAGCUAUUCGGGAGGCUGAGGCAGGAGAAUCGCUUGAACCCUGAAGGCAGAGGUUACAGCGAGCUGUGAUCACUCCACUGCACACCAGCCCGGGUAACAGUGCAAGACUCCAUCUCAAAAUAAAAAUAAAAAAGAAAAGAAAUAGCAGGCAUUCAAUGCAUGAAUCAGUAGAGUGAGAGGAUUUUUUUGUUUGUUUGGUUUUUACCUUCCCCGGAAAUUAGAAAAAGAGCAAACUUAAAUUUGCUUAGUAGCGUUCACACUAAGCUCUUCUAGAGUUUCUUCCUUUCCUGUAUAAAGCCAGUACCUCAUGGUAGUUGUAUUUCAGACUUCAGACUACUCCUAGUUGCUAUAAUCAUAUGAUAGCCCACAUAUCUUUUUAUUCCUUCAUAUUCAUAUAAUAAUAGUAAUAGUAACUAUCACUUAUAUACUACAUAAAAUGAGCCAGGCACUCUUUCAAGUGCUUUACAUAUAUUAACUGAAUACUUACAGCAAUGCUUGCAGAAAAUACUACUACCCACAUUUACAGAUGAGGAAACUGAGGCACAAGUAACUUACCCAGGAUCUAACUAAUAAGUGAUAGAGCUGUGAUUCAAACAAACCCUGGCAUUCCGUCUCCAGAACUCAUGUGGGGCUUCAUUAUUUUAUUUUGAAACAGGGUCUCACUCUGUCACCUGGCCUGGAGUGCAGUGACACAGUCUUAGCUCACUGUGGCCUCUACCUUCUAGGCUCAAGUGGUCCUCCCACCUCAGCCUCCAGAGUAGCAGGGACCGCAGGCAUGCACCAUAACACUUAGCUAGUUUUUUAAUUUUCUGUAGAAACAAGGUCUCUCCCUAUUGUCCAGGCUGGUCUAAAACCCCUGUACUCAAGUAAUCUUCCUGCCUCAUCUUCCCAAAGUGCUAGGAUUGCAGGUGUGAGCCACCAUGCCCAGCCUGGGGUUUUUAAUUAUAAACAGACUUUGUUUUCUUUCGAUGUACAGUUCUAUCACAUAUAUAUAUUUGUUUAAUGACCACCAUAAUCACAAUAUAGAACAGCUCCAGCCAGGCACCUUGGCUCACGCCUGUAAUCCCAGCAUUUUGGCAAACUGAGGCAGAUGGAUCACAAGGUCAGGAGUUCAAGACCGACCUGGCCAAGAUGGUGAAACCCCGUCUCUACUAAAAAUGCAAAAAUUAGCUGGGUGUGGUGGCAGGCACCUGUAAUUCCAGCUACUAGGGAGGCUGAGGCAGGAGAAUUGCUUGAACUUGGGUGGUGGAGGUUGCAGUGAGCUGAGAUUGUACCACUGCACUCCAGCCUGGGUGACAGAGCGAGACUCCAUCUCAAAAAAAAAAAAGAACAGUUCCAUCAGUAUCCAUGUCUUUAACCACUGCACAAUAAUUCCUCUAUAUACUAAAACCCAUCAUCAAGUCUAAAGGUGAGACUGUUUCAACCUUAGGAAGGAAACCUGCUUUGAAGACCUUCAAAGGUAAUACAAUUCUCUUGAGAAUUCUGGGCAACUACCAGUUAAUCUCCUUAUGGCUUCCUUUGAAUUCACCAUAUACAACUCCUCCCUGAGCUUAUGUCUCAGAGCAGGUGUGUGUGUGUGUGUGUGUGUGUGUGUGUAAAGUGCAGUGCCCUUGCUGUCUUCAGCACUGCUGCCCAAAACAGGUGUCCCCUGAUUUCCAUGCUCUCUCGCCACCACAGAUGGCUUUUUUUUUUUUUUUUUGAGAUGGAGUUUCGCUGUUGUUACCCAGACUGGAGUGCAGUGGCACAAUCUUGGCUCACCACAACCUCCGCCUCCUGGGUUCAAGCAGUUCUCCUGCUUCAGCCUCCCGAGUAGCUGGGACCACAGGAGCACACCACCAUGCCCAGCUAAUUUUUGUAUUUUUAGUAGAGACAGGCUUUCACCUUGUUGACCAGGAGGGUCUCGACCUCUUGACCUCGUGAUCCACCCGCCUCGGACUCCCAAAGUGCUGGGAUUACAGGCGUGAGCCACCGCGCCCGGCCUCAGAUGGCUUUAAGUGGACUGUGCUUCCCUGGCUGGCUGGAAAUCUUUCACAUUGCUGGUGAGCUUGCCAAGUACCACGGACAGAUCACAGCAUGCAUGGAGAUCCAGACCCACGAUUCUGAUUGAGAAAACAGUAAAUUAGAUACACAGGAAAUUUGGAAAUCAAACAUCCAAAAAUUCCACUAAACUAUCAUAGAAAAGAGACUGUAAUUUUUCAUCCUAGUCCUACUCAUGAGAUUAGAACUGGUGAUCCCUAUAUACCUGCAAAUCAAAAAGCGUCAAAAACCAACCUGUUAAUUUGGCCCUGAACUUGUUUAAAUGUCCCGCCUUUCCUAUGUGUGUAGCGCUAAGUCCAGUUUCCUGUUUCUUGCUACAUCUGACUUCCACUAAACAGGAGUUUAGUGGGUUGCCCUAACUACUGGGUUGGCCAAUUAAAAGCUUUCUAUUAUUGCAAGUUUUUCUCGGUAUUUAGCAUUUGACCUAAAUAGAUGUAUCUUUUUUUCCCUGUCUUUGACUUUAAACUAUGAUGAGGCCAGACGCAGUGGCUUAUGACUGUAAUCCCAGCACUUUGGGAGGCCGAGGUGCGCAGAUCACCUGAGGUCGGGAGUUUCAACAGAGAGAAACCCCAUCUCUACUAAUAAUACAAAAUUAGCCAGGCAUGGUGGCACAUGCCUGUAAUCCCAGCUACUCGAGAGGCUGAGGCAGGAGAAUCCCUUUAACCCAGGAGGCAGAGGUUGCUGUGAGCCAAGAUAGUGCCAUUGCCCUCCAGCCUGGGCAACAAGAGGAAAUUCUGUCUUAAAAAAACUAUGGUGAAAUACUCCACAGGAAGGCAAAUUAGAGAAAAUGGGGCUGCUUUCCUUUAAAAUACCAGAUAAAAGAUGUAUUUUACUGAAACACUAGCUUUUUCAUUAGAAAAAUAAAGCUUUAUGUAAAGCUAAUUCUGAGAAAUGUGUUAAAAAUUUUCAGUAUGGGAACUUGGACAAGAGACUGUUCAACAAAGGAGAACAAUGUGUAACUGUCCCAUUUACCCACUAACUCCCCCGUUGGGCAGGGAGCAAGUCACUUCUAGGUACAGUUGCUCAUUUGUUCAUUGAAAAUGCUUCUUUUUUAUUAACUAGGUUUGAGGACAUGAUUAGGUUUGUAUCCAUAUCUAUUGCUGAGUAACAAACCACCCUGAAACUUGGUGACUUGAACCAAGUGAUUAUCUGCUCUCAUUCUUUAGUUUGGCUAUUGAAUCCAGGCUCCGCACAGUGGUACUUCUGCUCUAUGGCAACAUACAUUUGCACACAGCAUGCAGCCAGGCUGACCUCAUCCACAGGAGUUUCAGCUGAGACGGGUGUAACGGCCGAGCAAGUGAGGCAUUUUCCAUUAAUCACUAUCUCUUCCUAGGGUCUCAUACUCAAGUAAGCCAGUUUGAGCUUGUUCACAAGGUGACAGUGUUCACAAAAAGCCUGAGAGCUGGUAAAGCCUCCGGAGGCUGAAGCUCAAAGUCACACAAUGCCAUCUCUGCUGCAUUUAUUGGUCAAAGCAAGUCACAAUGGCAGCACAGAUUCAAACAUGUACUGGAAUUUGUGGCAAUUUUAAUCCAUCAUAAGCUUUCAGGGUUGAUGACCCUGAGGAAAAUACAGUAUAAUGUGCUAUCUAAUUGACCUAUAGAAAGUGAAUCUGUCUGGGUGAGGUGGCUCACGCCUGUAAUCCCAGCACUUCUGGAGGCCAAGGUGGGCAGAACACGAGGUCAAGAGAUCAAGACCAUCGUGGCCAACAGGGUGAAACCGUCUCUACUAAAAAUACAAAAAUUGGCUGGGCGCGGUGGCUCACACCUAUAAUCCCUGCACUUUGGGAGGCCGAGGCAGGUGGAUCACGAGGUCAAGAGAUCAAGACCAUCCUGGUCAACAAGGUGAAACCCCGCCUCUACCAAAAAUACAAAAAUAAGCUGGGCAUGGUGGUGCGCGCCUGUAGUCCCAGCUACUCGGGAGACUGAGGCAGGAGAAUUGCUUGAAUUCAGAAGGCGGAGGUUGCAGUGAGCCGAGAUCAUGCCAUUGCACUCCAGUCUGGGUAACAACAGCGAAACUCCAUCUCAAAAAAAUAAAUAAAUAAAAAUA